UUUCGGAAAUUUCUUUAUCGCUUGCUGGACGGCAUUCAAACCAGUGCACUCAAUUCAACCAAACUGAACGGACAAGAAUACUGCUGGCAGAAAUCAUUGAGUUUGGGUAAUUUAAGUAAAUAUUUGCGCAAUGAGAGCUUUCUUCGUCCUUAUGCUGUGCCUGCUGUGGCACGGCUGUGCGUGUGACGAGAGAUGUCAACUCCAACACAAAGGCGGUAGUGAGCGCUUUCCACAGGACUUCUCAUUCGGCGUUUCAACUGCCGCUUACCAAAUAGAAGGCGCAUGGAAUGAAGACGGCAAGGGUCUCUCCAUUUGGGACACAUACACACAUGCACAUCCGGAGCGUAUAAUGGAUCGCACAAACGGUGACGUGGCGGCAGAAUCUUACCACCGAUUUGAGCAAGAUUUGGCGGCGCUGAAAAAGCUAAAGGUCAACUUUUAUCGCUUUUCGUUCUCAUGGCCACGCCUGCUGCCCAACGCAGACACGACGGUGAUCAAUCAGAAGGGCAUUGACUACUACAAUAUGAUGAUAGACAAGUUGCUGGCGAAUGGCAUUGAACCCAUGGUGACGAUGUUUCACUGUGACCUACCCGAGGCGCUGAACAAAUUCGGUGGCUUCACCAACGAUAUCAUUAUUAAAUAUUUCCGUUAUUACGCUGAGUUUCUAUACGAAACAUUUGGCGACCGCGUCAAGAAGUGGAUAACAUUCAACGAGCCCUUCGAUUAUUGUGUGCUGGGCUAUGGUAAGUCGUACUUCCCACCGCUGGUGCAUUCGCCCGGCGUUGCCGACUACCUCUGCAUGGAUAAUACAUUGCGCGCUCAUGCCGCGGCUUAUCGCGCUUACAAAGCGAAUUACUUCGACCGACAGCGCGGCAAAAUUGGCAUCACCAUUAGCAGUCGUUUCUACUACGCACAGCAGGGGAGUGAUGAAUACGAUGUCGUCGAGCGCGCCAUGCAGUAUUCGCUUGGUUGGCUGGCCAAUCCGAUUUUCGGCAAAACUGGCAAUUAUCCUCAGCUCGUGUUGGAUGAUAUUAGAAACAAUAGCUUACGUGAAGGUCUAUCCUGGUCGCGCUUGCCGCCGUUCGAUGAAUUCUGGUCUAAAGUUAUUAGAGGUUCUGGCGACUUUCUAGGUCUCAACUACUACACUUCUCGUUAUGCUUCAUACGCACCCGGACCUGCCGGCGAGAUACCCUCUUGGGAAUAUGACUCGCAACUGCAAUACUCUGUCGAUGAGAAAUGGAAACAGGGCAACUCUAAUUGGCUUUACUGCGUGCCACAAGGACUUGAAGAUAUUCUCAAGUGGAUCCGUGACCAUUAUGAUAAUGUUGAAGUGUUCGUAACGGAAAAUGGUUGGUCGGACUAUGGUCAGUUAGAUGACACCGAACGCGUCGAUUUCCUACAGGCUCAUUUGCAAGCUGUGCUAAAUGCUAUCAAUGAUGGCUGCCAAGUUACGCAUUAUUCCCAUUGGAGUUUAAUCGACAAUUUCGAGUGGAACAUGGGCUAUACGCAGAAGUACGGUCUCUAUUAUUUGAAUAUGACGAGUCCAAAUAAGGAUCGCAUAGCCAAGAAGUCUGUGGAUUAUUACAGUAGUGUCAUUGAUGGUAGAAAAAUAUUGCCCAACUUAAAUUAAACUAGAAAGCCGAUUUAUUUAUACUAUAGAUUAAAAUAUUUUAUACACAAAAAUAAAUACCUGCCAAUAUAUUA